AUGGAGAAAUCAAAAGUUAAAUCUAUCUUACCAAAGCCAUUACCUUCGCCUGGUGCUGUUGGGACUUCACCCUCUGCACCUCCUAACAAGAGAAGGACGGCCUCUUAUUCCCCAGCUUCUGAUUUUGCUGUCUCUAAACGACAAAGAUCCAAGUCCUCCAAUUCUGUACCAACAUUUCCUGAUAAUGGUGAUGGUAAGAAUGGACAUCGUCCAGUUACUUCAUGUACCUUUUGUCGUCAACAUAAGAUAAAAUGUAACGCCUCGGACAAUUACCCCAAACCAUGUCAAAGAUGUGAAAAGAUGAAUCUUAAAUGUGAAAUUGAUCCAAAAUUUAGACCUCAAAAGGGAUCGCAAAUUCAAACACUCAAGAGUGACGUUGAUGAGCUUAAACUCAAGAUUGAAAUGCUCACUAAGAAUGAAUCUCUUUUAACUCAAGCAUUAAAUCAACACAAUUUAAAUUUCCUUCAACAACUGCAACAACAAACAAACUUUAGUAUGAGUCCUCAACAACCUAGUUCAUUCCACUCGACACCAUUACAGAGACCAACAACGAUGUCCGAUGGUGUGAUGGAUUCUCCUCGGCAACUUCAAUUGGAUAACCCAUUGGCAGUUCCAGUACUGCAACAAGUACCAGGAGGUCCACAAUAUCUUAAGGAUGCAACUCAAAAUCCUAUCCAGGUAACUACUCAACUUAACUCAUUACAUCACUCAUCAUUGGAUAACUCACCAAUGUCACAUGUCAAACAAGAAGAAUCACCAAAGAUAUAUCCAAUGAUAUCUGAAUUUGUAUUAGGAGGAGUUCAUCUUACAUUAGAAAAGGCAAAUGAACUUCAUGAAAGGUUUAUUACAAAACAUUUACCAUUUUUACCAAUAUUUGUUUCUAAUUCAGCUACUGAACUUUAUCAUAAAUCUCAGUUACUCUUUUGGUCGGUGAUACUUACUGCCUCAUUAUCGGAACCAGAACCUUCAUUAUAUAUGUCAUUGGCUGCUCUUAUUAAACAAUUAGCCAUUGAAACAUGCUGGAUUCACACUCCAAGAUCAACUCAUGUUAUACAGGCAUUGAUUGUUCUUUCUAUUUGGCCCCUCCCCAAUGAAAAAGUGUUGGAUGAUUGUUCAUAUAGAUUCAUUGGAUUAGCCAAGAAACUUUCAUUACAAUUGGGAUUACAUCGUGGUGGUAAAUUUAUCCUGGAAUUCAGUAGAACUCAAGUGAGCUUAGGACCAGAUGCAGAAUGUUGGAGAACUAGAUCAUGGUUGGCCGUAUUCUUUUGUGAACAAUUUUGGUCGUCUGUACUUGGAUUGCCACCACUGAUAAAUUCUACCGAUUAUUUACUCGAGAAUGCAAGAGUUGAUACUACAUUGCCCAACAAUUUCCGUUGUUUAAUAUCAUUAUCCAUAUUCCAAUGCAAAUUGGUCAAUGUCAUGGGGGUUUCAGUUACUAGUCCAGAUGGAUUAUUAGAACCACUGAAUCGUGCUGGAUCCUUGAACAUUUUGGACAGAGAAUUAGAAAGAUUAAGAUUUAAAUUACCUAUUGAAGAUGGCUCAUCAAUUGAAGUUUACUUUUUAUAUGUAAAACUUAUGAUUUGUUGUUUUUCAUUUUUACCAGGGACUCCAAUUGAAGAUCAAGUUAAAUAUGUUAGUUCUGCAUAUCUUGCUGCAACAAGAAUCAUUACAAUUACUUCACAAAUGAUUAGUAAUAACACUAUUUUAUUGAUUGAACUUCCUAUUUAUGUUAGACAUGCCAUCACUUAUUCAGUAUUGUUGUUGUUUAAGCUUCAAUUAUCUCGUUAUUUGAUUGAUAAAUAUGUUGAUAGUGCUAGACAGCUGAUUGUUACAGUACAUCGAUUAUUAAGAAAUACCACUACAUCAUGGAAAGAUUUACAAAAUGAUAUAUCAAGAAGUGCUAGAUUAUUAGAGAAUUUGAAUAUUGUAUUAUAUACAUAUCCAGAAAUCUUUUUAUCUACUAGCAAUUCUGAAACUGAUGGAGCCGGAUGCAGUAUAAUUUCUAGAAUGAGAUCACAUUUAACUGCUUCUUUGUUUUAUGAUUUAGUAUGGUGUGUUCAUGAGGCUAGAAGAAGAAGUCUUUUAAAUAAAAAUACUGCACAAGAAGAAAAAAUCAAGAAAUUGACUCUUUCUGAAGAAGAGCAACUUGAUUAUAGGAAACCCGUACCACUCCCAUUUUACAAUCAAAUCACCAAAGAUGAUUUUAAAACCAUAACCACAACUACACCUAACGGAACCACCAUAACGACAUUAGUUCCAACCGACCAUGCACUCAAUCAGGCAAGACUGAAUGCAAAUGCCACUGGACUGAAGGAACCACUUUCUAUUAACGGGAUCCCAUUAACAAUGCUUGAUGCAACUGGGAGUAUGAACGAUACAGAUUCAAAGAAUAAUAAGAAUACUACUACAAAUAACAGCUCCGAUAAUGGAGAGAAAAUUUCUAAUAACAAUAACUAUAAUAAGAGCAAUGAUAUUAACCAUGCUUCUAAAUUUACCAACGCUAAUAAUAAUAAUAAAUUACAAAACAAUGGCACAAAUUCGAUAUUUCCAAAUUCUAAUCAAUUAAAUAAUUUUAUGGAUUUACCAAUACAAUCACAAGCACUGCCACAACAAUUCCAUCCUACAACUACAUUUGUCAAUAACCUGCCCAUGCUUAUGUCGGACACGACGGUGUCGAUCAACCAGAAUCCAGGCACUACACCAUUCAAUUCUGCCAAUUCUCCUGCCAUUGGGGAUAUUCCAUUUAAUGACGAUGUGGCUGCAAAUGUUCGCUCUACAGAGGUUGCAGACCACAUGGCAAAUUUCCUUCAACAACAAUCUAAUGGAUGGUUAAAUAAUGAAAAUUAUGAAGAUGAUGAUUUCUUAGGUUGGUUUGAUAUAAAUAUAUUACCAAGAAAUGAGUAA